UAGUAAACAGACUUUAGGAGUAGACUACUUCAUCAAAUCGACACCGUGUCUGGAUUUGACGAGUUGAGGAAAACUUUUACAAUCCCUGUCGCGCGCCCCUCACUCCAGGCUCGUGCCCGUCGCGCCCCGGUCUCCCGGGAGAUGGGAAUGAGAAGGAGCAGCACGCAGACUCCUCACGCGCAUUGGAAUGGGAGCCCGCCCCUCUCUCUCGAGGAGCGCCCCCACAGGCGUGACCAAUGGAACAUAGAGUCUCUAUUGUGGCCGCGACACUUUAAUAAUCGCCAGCUACAAUAUCCAACCUGUCGGUAGCUUCAGGAGCCCAGCCCCGGCCCGUUGGAUGGGGCCUUGUAGGUGGGAAGAGGGGGCGAACGCUCGGCGCCAGACCUCUAGCCCGCAAGACGUCCUCAUGAUGAAUACAUGAAUAAAAAAUAGAAAGGGCUGAUGUCAGGUUAUCUAUGCAGUGAUGGUGUUGCACUUUUUCCCACAAUUCCGAGUCUUCACGGAAUUUGGUCAAAAACUAAGUUUUUAAUUUACAAUAGACUGCAUAUAUAUCAGAACUGUUAUGUUGAACUUUGGGGUUCAUGUCUUGUAGGCUAUUUAGUUUUUCAAUUGAUGUUAUUUGGGCUAAUACCCACAAAAGGGCUGGGACUUCAGAGUUGUGGCUACCUCCCAUUUCUCUCCCUCUAUCUGUCCGACCCCACCCCCAUCAUUGUGCCUUAUAUAUUAGACUACUGUAUUCAACUUAUAACCGAGGCUCCUUCUAAUCCUAAAUCGACCGUAACAAUUAGCCUUAAUAGCCAAUUUCCACCUAGUAAUUAGGCCAUUGUCCAUUUGCCAGGUUAGGGCUAAAGUUUGCAUCUCAGUAAGCACGGUUGCUUUGAUCAACAGACUGCAGGUGGUUCACCAUAUAACCAAAGCCUGUCAAAAAGAAAAGGUGUGUGGUUUGUGGCUCGUCUCCUCUCACUAAUCGGCCUGACGGGAAAUAAACUUUGCAAGUGGUAGAAACGUUUAAAAAUAAAAAAACAGUAUAGUUAGCUCAACUGUAGUAUACAUAUCGUUAGCCUAAUAAAUUAAUUGCCUAAGUCAUAUUUGAACGUUUUGUGAAAAAUAUUUUUAGCAGCACUUUGUAUUUUUAUUGAUGCUGUAACAGUAGCCAAAGUAAAAUAAAUAAUAAUAAUAAAAGAAAUUAUGCUGUUAGGCGUACGAUAUGUAUGCAUGUGUGUGAGUUUAGACUUUCUCCACCGCUUCAACUCUUAGCAGCAUCGCGCACCACUUACAGCUCGUGUCUGUACGGAAACAGUGCUGAGCGCGAGACCCCUGCUCAUGUUUCCAAUCCCUGUGAAGCCCUUUUUACCGACAGGGCGUUCCGAGACCUGGAUCAAAAGGGUUUAGACCCGCUACAAAAGAGAAAUGGAUACUGGAUGAUCUUAGAAUGAAUGAAUGAAUGAAUUGACGAUGAGCGCGCGAGCCCCAGGAACCACAAACUUUCUUGGAAUCUUUUAUUUUUAUUCACAGCUGUUUUAUUCGUUAUUUACUUAACCCAGAGAUAUUUCUUCGUAAACUUUGUGGAACUUUGUUCAUUUAUGUAACGACUUAAAUUCUGAGGAAAUAAAUACGGCGUUACACGAUGUGGUGUCUCUCCAUCGUGGCUACGUUAGACUGGUGCACUUUCACCUGUGUUGACUUGAAUUAUUCUGGUUUUACUACAACCAAUGAGUUCCAAACGGAGAAUCGUUUGCAGUUACGACUUGGACUAAAAUGAACCCGUCCAAAACUUUCUAGUUCCCUCUUUUCCUUCUCCCACCUCUGUGAUGUCUGAAAUGUGACACAUGCGCAUGGACAGGUAUUGUGUCCCAUAUACAUAUGCAUAUACGCACGUCUGCGCUGUCCACGCUCUGUCAUCACUUGCACGUGCGCCCUGUGGGAGGUUCCCCUUACCUGCCUCGCGUUAGACACCCCUCUAAUGGUAACGUUACCAUAAACCGUCCGGCUUCUGGUGGCCAUAAUAAACUCUCUCGGGCUUUAUCGAGACUUCUCAUUGGACGUCAACACGCGACCAGCGCGAGGAGGGGGGCUUCCAGGCGCGUGCCGCUUUUUAAACAGACGCCGCGCCUUGAGACACCAGAGAAGGAGUCCCGCACGCGACUCUCACAUUCACACAGUGCGCCAGCAUAACAGUGCGUGCCUCCAAGAACUUUUUUUCUAACACUGUUAGAAAAGUAUUUUUUUAUAUAUAUUAUUUUACUUUAUUUUAUUUUGGAAACAUGGAUGUCCUAUCUCUGGAAGACUGGAGCAAAGGCGCGCAGGAGUUGGCAGCACUCGAUUCGAGGCAGCAGAGUUUGGCGGAGAGGGUCGGGAAGCAGCAACUCGAGGAGUCCCGCUACGAAUCCGGACUGACGCUCGUGGACAGCGGCAGUGACCCACGCGCCUGGCUGGCUCCGUCUUCUGGCACCUGCGCGGCACACGCCACCACACCCGAGUACCUGCGCCACUCACCAUGCUCCAGCACAGGCUCUUACCAAGAGAGUGGCUCCCCGGGGUCCUCUGGUCAUCCCAGCCCUCCCAGCUACAGAAAAUCCGCCAAGAGCUCCUCCUCUUCUUCGCUCAAAGUCAGGGACCUGUGCCGCCUUAAAGGCGCGAUCACCGGGGCCGAAGAGGAGGCCCCCAUGAGACAGAGAGCCCCGUCCAGCAAACCUAUCAACGGGGUCCAGAAGCAGAGGCGAGUUGCCGCCAAUGCGCGUGAGAGGAGACGAAUGCACGGGCUCAACCACGCGUUCGACGAGCUGCGCAGCGUCAUCCCGGCGCUGGACAACGACAAGAAGCUCUCCAAAUAUGAAACUUUGCAGAUGGCGCAGAUUUACAUCAACGCUCUGGCAGAGCUGCUCCAAGGUCCGGGCACUUCCAACAACGGCAAUAACGACGCCUCCAACAAUAACAACAGUUCGCCAAAGUGUGACAUUAUGCAUUCUUCCUCCGCUGUCUUCGACGAGGCAAAGGACAUGGAUUCUCAGUCCACUACAACCUGCAGGACAGCGGCGGCUGUGCCCAUCUCAGGUGGCAGCUUACCUGUCCACAUCAGUGCGAUGCCGUUCCGUUCCUCCUUCGAGGAGAGUUCGUUUGCUGCCAGGGUUGAAGAAGCGAUGUGUUCGUCAUCUCCGUCCUCCGCUCCGUACGGAAGUGGAAGGAAAGGUUCUCCCCGGAGUGACGGAGAGUUUUCCCCACACUCUCACUUCAGUGACUCGGACGAAAUAACGAUGGAGCUCCACUCAAGUGAAGAAGAUGAUCUCUCAGAACUAAAGCUACCCACACACCAUCAUACCACUCUUUCUUUCUAAAUAAGUAUACGUAAAUAUAACAUAUGCUACAAUAAAAGGUUCUCUAUAACCUCCAACAAAAAAGCCUGAUGUCCGUAAAACGUGUCAAUCACACAUACAGCCUAUCUGUCGCAGACGUAAUGCAUUUUUAAGAAGAAGAAAAAGAUUUCUUUUGAGAAAAGUGACGUUACAUUUUUGACGGUAACUACUUUGUCAACCUGUUGCAUCGUCUAAAUAUUAUUUUUAUGUCAGAUAGGCCCAAUUCGGUUCUGCCAAUAAAUGUAUAUUUUCAGUUUCCAUGGAGACGUGGCUGGAAGACCCCUCUGCCAUGUCGCGUGCUGCACUGCCAUGGGUAUUUUCCACGUCACUCCAACCAAAAAAGCGUCUUCCACAAAAAUCAUAACUUUAUGCAUAAUUGCUUAUAUUUGAUAAUGAAUACAGACAUUUUUAUAACGACGAGUUUUGUUGUGAUUUCUGUUAAUUAAACUGCUAAGGCGUUUAUAUAAUGUAUUUUUCUUUUGCAACUUUAAAAGUUCAUGAUGUGCACUUUAAAAUAUACGAGCCAGAGGCUUCAUAAAUUUGUUUUUUUUUUCCAAAACGUAAACAAUAGUUUAGCUUUGUUUGCUAGUGUAGUGCUGCCAAGUCCAUGCAAAUAGCCUAUUUAAUGUAGCCAUCAUUGCUGCCUUCUUUUGUAUUUUCAUUUGUAAUUUCAGAUGAGCUUGUGUGUCUUUUUUCUUUCACUGGAUGAGAUUCAUUGAUGUAUGUAAUUGUAUUUAUUGCUGAUAUAUUUCAUUUGCUUUUUAUAACACCACUGGAUAGACAGAUAGUUGAAGUUGCUAAAAAACAAGCAAUAAUUUUGCCAUUUUUUGUUAUUAAUUUGAUUUUGGGAAUAAAAAAGCAA